CAAGGUAAAUGGUUAGACUACCUCAUGUGCAGGGAGUGACCUGAGGUAUAAACAAGUACUUGCAAGCAUGUACUACUCCAGUUAAUAUGAUAUACUAACUUGAAAUGAUAACACAGUAACACUAUUUGAAUUAAUUAGGAUAUCUAAACUCUCUUCAAGACUGCAAGACUACAGCUGGUAAACACUGAGACGUGAGAGGCAGAAGGGAGAUCUAUUGGCACAGAGAUUUAGAAUCUAACCACAGAAAGGAAACACAAGGGAAAUAGCCCAACUUGAGAGCUGGUAAAAUAAGUAUUUAUAACAGCAAUACAGAAUGUUCAGUGGAAUAAAGAACAGUUUGAAAGGGCUUGGCAAAGGGAAGAAAUCCACUGGGGGUGGUAGUGAUGGUGGCAAAAAUGACCUUGUUAGCGUGCACAAACGUAAACGUAGAUUUAAACAAACUAAUGCCAGCGAGCUUGCAAAAUGGACCCACAUCAAGGAUACCCUUGGGGAAAAAUAUGAAUCAUCAAAAUCCAAAGAUUUCAUGACAAGAUACGAACUGAUGAAAGGGAUGAUAAAAGAUGCUAUUGAGGAAUGUGAAAAAGCUGAAAAAUUCAAAGGGUUGCCUAAUAAGGCGGAGUCUGGUGUGCAAAGUGGGUCAGGGGGCGGGAAGAUUGGAAGAUUGACAGCUGCCUGUAAAGAAUUUGCCGAAUCAGAGAAUGAAAUUAUGAAUGAGGAGGAGUUUUAUCUAGGUAAAUCAUCCAAAGAUCUAGAACGAGAGAUUCAGCUUAUGGACAUCGAAAUUCCGCAGAUAAAACGAAACAUUGACAUUCUAAAGGGAAAAUUCACUGACUUAAGUCGUGAAUAUGAAGGGUCUAAGAAUUUAAAUCCAAAACAGAGAUAUGACAAACUAAAGGACCUUAUCAAGGGAAUGUAUAGGGAACCAAAAAAGUUUUAAGUUCAUAAUCAUAAAUGGAUGGAAUACUGAAGAAAAGCUAUAAUAGUGCAGACCUUAAACAGUGAUUAUAUCCUGGUGCAGGAUACAUAAGAUUUCUCUCUCUGUAGGCCUAGAACCAAAAUAAAUAAGUACUAAUUUAGGUGAAAAUUUCUUAAAUUAGUUCUCAUUUUUUGCAGUAACUUAAGAAUCAAUCUUUGCUACGAUAUUUCAGAAUUAGAGUUAAUUUAUUUAGAAUGUGUCUCUGGAUCAAACAUAUGUAUAUGUAUUUUUCUUUCAAUAAGAAAACUCAGAAUGUGUUUCUCUGU